CGCCAAAACAACAAUGCUUGCGUUACGAUUUGCAACUGUUCGACGCUUGUCCACUUUGAACGGCGUUGCAGCUGCCGCCAACUCGGCCGCGAGCGCGACGACGCAAUCAGCCAUCACUCCCAGCACCCCGACGAGCAAGCCACAAGAGUUUGAUGUCGGCGUGAUUGGCGGCGGGAUUGUGGGAAUGGCAACCGCUCGCGAGCUCUCUCUGCGACUCCCACAGCUUCGCAUCGCCGUCUUUGAGAAGGAGAGCGGCCUUGGUGCGCACCAGACUGGACACAAUAGCGGCGUCAUCCAUGCUGGAAUUUACUACAAGCCUGGAUCACUGAAGGCGAAACUGUGCGUCGAAGGAUUGCGCUUGACGUACGACUACUGCGACAAGAAGAACAUUCCCUACAAGAAGUGUGGCAAGCUGAUCGUCGCGAGGUCGGAGGAAGAAAUCCCAGGCCUGAAGGCGCUGUUCGAUCGUGGCCAGCAAAAUAACGUGCCGGAUCUCCGCAUGAUUGGGGUGGACGAAAUGAAGCGCAUCGAGCCGCACUGCGUGGGCGUGCAGGCCAUCCACUCUCCAGUUACCGGCAUCGUAGACUGGCUGCAGGUGACCAACUCGUACGCUGACGAUUUCACCGCAAACGAGCGCAACCGAGUCCUGACCAACCACGAGGUCACUUCGCUGGACAGCGUGGAUCCGCUCAAUCCUCGCGCGUAUCAGCAUGGAGUGGUGGUUUCGUUCAAAUCCAAGCCUGCUGUGCGUUGCCGUUACAUUAUCACUUGCGCAGGCAUGAAUUCAGAUCGAAUUGCCCAGAAGGCCGGCGGGCAGUCCGAGCCUGUCAUGGUGCCCAUUCGUGGCGAGUAUCUCACACUCAAGCCCGACCGUCGUAACUUGGUCAACGGACUGAUCUAUCCUGUCCCGGAUCCCACUCUGCCAUUCCUCGGGGUCCACUUUACGCCUACCAUGAAAGGAGAUGUGCUCCUUGGACCGAACGCUGUUUUCGCUUUUGCCCGCGAGGGAUACAAGUUUUUCGACAUUAAUCCCCGUGACAUGUUUUCUGCGCUCUUGUUCCCUGGUUUCCAACGGCUCGCUCUCAAGUACUGGAAGUUUGGCAUGGGGGAAAUGUACCGAAGCCGAUUCUUGUCGGCACAGGUCAAGCUCCUGCAAGACUAUGUCCCGGAAGUGACCAUCAAUGACGUGCAACGAGGGAUGGCGGGCAUUCGCGCGCAAGCCAUGGACCACCAUGGCAACCUGGUCGACGAUUUUGUGUUUGAGACGGCGGUUCAGCCAGAAGGUGGCCCCGCCGCAUCCCGCACUGCCCAUUUGCUGCACGUCCGCAACGCGCCGUCUCCAGGUGCAACCUCAUCCCUGGCGAUCGCCAAAGUGAUCUCGGACAAGGCUCAAGAAAUGUUCAAUUUGCGCCAAGCGUAAACGAAGCGGCUGUUUGAGCUUUUGCUUGGACGACUGAAAACUAGAAAAUGACACCAUUUUUUGACCCAGAGGUUGAUUGACCAACAAAAUAACAACAACUAAACGAAGAAAA